CAGAAAAUGAGCAGGGCAGAAAAAGAGCACAGAGCCUGUAAUGACGUCAGCAAUACUUGCCAAGGCGCCGGCUGUGUAAAUCUUGUCGCAGGAAUCUCGGUGAGCGAAAACCCAUUCCCCGCCCACCUCUCGUCUCUACCCUCGCCAUCUACUCGCCAUGGCUUCAAAUUCACAACUGUACGACAAUAUCUUUGAGAGGAUUCGUGCACCUCUCGCCGAAGCCGUCGAUGACGCGCUAUCUUCCUUACACCAAAGCAGCGGGACCCCGCUGCUACGCCUUGAGGCAUGUCUUGAUCAAGACCACAGUGAGGCCACACAAGGUGCGCAAAAGGAGGCUAAGCGAACCACGCUUGCGACAAUCGAGCUUUCGUCGUUCCAGAGAAGGAGAGGCACCGCGGAAGGUGGAACAGAUGUAGAACAGAACCACAGCGAUCAAGAAACCCAACCUCAACGGCCACUCUCCAACGAGAACCGCCCCGUACUGAAAUCCUAUCGUCUCAAGCGCCGCAAAGUUGUCGGAGGCUUAAGGUUGGCCCGUUCUGCGCCUCCUACUCGAGUUGCCUCGCCUGAAAGGGAGACAUCACGACGCUUGACCAGUAAUUUCCGCCACUUUCCUAAGCGAAAUGCUCAAACAACCAUUUACAAGCAGCAAAUGUCCCCUUUCGAACGACUCAUCGUGGGUAUCUGGGAACAGAUCCACGGUACCCCUGAAUUAAACCCGUCAGACUGGGUUGAUCUCUUGCACCAGGUAAACCAGCCAGGAGCCACAACGUCUAUUUGGGAUGUCGAUUCUAGACAUGGAAUUCCUGAUUCUCGAUCCAUCCUUGGAGACGGUAAUUUUCGAAGAAUGAAUGUCUGCUGUCGAAGAAUUACGCAAGCAAGUCGCCAAUGCAGAUCGCUCGAAGUCAUCGUCCAAGCUCAAUGGAUACAGUGUUACGAGGAGCAAGUUCAGAAGCUUAUGGUAGAAGAUCCAGACCUAUCACUUAGUAAGGGCCGCGCGACCGUGCAAGCACAAGCAUGUAAAGAUUUCGGUUGGUCUUUAAAGGAGCUGCGGAACAAAAUGGCGAUAUGGCGCGGCUACGACUCGAUUCGAGAAGCUGGCGGCUGGGUCCCUCUGAUCUUCGCAGGCAUGGGUCUCUACCGCUUCUGCAAGUAUCGUCUGGGAUUCUGUCCACAGAACAUUGCGACACUCAAGAGACUCCGUUUACGAUUCGAGGUUGCUGCCGACACAAUCCAUCCGGAAUGGCGCCUCUUGCUCUCAAUCAUUGGGAAGCCGACAACUCGAGUCUAUCAUGGACAUCCCUGUGACUGGGUGGUCAGCAAAGAUAGUCAACCCAUACCCUUGGCAGAUACAUACUCCCAAUGGACGCCAGCCUUUAGAUUCGAGCACUUAGAGGAGAGCACCAUUGAUGAGCAGGCUUGGGGCUUGAUAGAUCCGCGGACUGAAAACAGCCAUGUUCAAUGGACGUUACCGAGACAGUUCUCAUGCAAGAAAUGCGGAUCGACCCAGUCGAAUGAUGUUAGCACCAAUGAAUGCCUCUGCUUCCCGGCUUUGUUCGGAAGUGGUCUGCGGAAACCCUGCCCGGUGCAAGUUUUCCGAACGGAGAACGGAAGGAAUAAUGGUCUCCUUGCCUGCUGUGUGAGUCUCCUAUCCUAUCUUAUCAGACGAUUACUAUUGCCACUAACAGACAAUAAUAGCCGUUCGAGCGAGGUGCAGCCAUCGGCGAAUUCGUUGGCGUCAUUACGCAGGGCAUUCGACACCUGGAUGUUAUGCAAUGCUCAGGGCCCGCUGUUACAUAUCAGAUUUGGCAGGGCCAUAAGGGGAACUAUACUCGCUUCAUCAACCAUUCUUGCCAGCCGAACUCGCAGUAUGAGCCCUUUUUGUGGCUCGGUGUUCAGCGCCACGUGCUCGUAUCUAAAGGUAUCCUCGCGGGCGACGAAAUCACGGUGGACUAUUCUGACGAUUAUUGGAAUCAUUUGGACAAGGAAUGCUUGUGCGGUGAAACUAGUUGCCGAUUCAAGACGAGAAAUGAGCGGAUUCCAGGUGAACAGGGCCCAACUAGAUAAAUCAAGUUCGCCAAGUGAGGAAAGAAGAUACAUUCUUCGACUCCCGUGGCUUACAUCCAGAUCAACAUGUUUGUCUCGCAUUCCGCGCUCAUAAGCUACACGCUUAUCCUGCAACGCUAGUUUCCAGAGCAUUUCCGCCAGUCAUCUGACCAAGACCCAUUCCAUGGACAGAAUAAGCUUGCUUCACACCUGAAGAAGUGCGUCAUAGUGGUUGCAUUGCUAGAAGGAUGACAUACACGUCGUUCACUUCCAGCACGCCAUUCAGAUUGUCCAUGCUAACUGUUGGGUCAGGGGCAGUCCUGAAACAAGUGAUCAUUGAUUUCUGUCUGCCGUGCCCCAGCUCGGUCAACUGGGCCCGCUUAUAUACACGAAUGGCCAGAGUCGAGUCCCUGCCAUCCCCCUGAAACCCUACAUAUUUGACUUCGUCGGGAGAAGAACCGCUCUAGUACUGUACCUAGCCUACCAACAGCGUCGAUAGAGAAUCUGCCAUGGCGUGUAAAAGCUCUCCGCAGGCGGGCCCAGUAAGAGCUGUGAUCGCAAAGCCCACAACUUCCAUCAAUCCGAGGUUUCGACAUCACUCUGCACAGUCAGAACCAAACAAAGAGAAAGUGGUCUUGGCGGAUGACCCCAAGUGAGAAGGUUUGCCGACCAACCUGGAUUGAUCCGGGAGAAUCGACUCAGCCUUCGAAGGGGUCAGAGUCUGAGAUCGCUGAAUGGAACGUCUCUUAUCAGGUAUCGAUGGCGCAGCAUUUGACGCGAUCGGAGCAUUAGUGGAACAAAUCCAAAGAGGAAUAGAAUCUUGCAUUGUUGGCUGGCAAAGUAAUGAGACCUCGAACCACCAAGCUAGGGCUCCCGCCCCUGAUGCGACUAUUAACAAGCCACGAGGCUGGUUAAUGGCACUUGCGCAGGAGAAGUUGAGCGUCAAUUUGCCCCAUAUGAUAGAUGCUGCUAUCAAACAUGAUUCUGUAACCGGAGCUACAAAAUAUCAAUUCGAC